CGCCUUUCAUAUGAGAGGCGUCAAUGAAACAUAACCUUCAAAAAAUUUUCUCUAUGUUAUUGAUAAUAUUUUGACAAUAUUUGAUAAAGUAAAACAACAAUAAGUUGAUUAAUCAUAUAAAUAUGCAAUUUUUAAAAAAAUAAACAAUAAUAUUAUUAUUUAUAAAAAUACAAACAAUUGUUUUUAUAUUUCUAAAAACAUUGAUUGAUUUAUUUUUUAAAAAUGGGUUGUUGUUGUAGUUUAUUUAAAAAAGAUUCUGGUCCAGAAGAUGAACCUAAUGAGACAACACGUUUACUGAUUGAUCCGGUUAACAAUAGUCCAAUUAUACCAAGGAUUCAUGAUGAUUAUCCCAGUCAAUAUUCAAGUUCAUUACCAAAAACAACAGAUGAACAAAGUGCACUAAACAGAAUUUUGCAUGAAGCUGCAGCAAAUGUCAUUGACGUUGGUGCUUUAGAUUCUCAUAAUUUAGAGCAACAUGAAUACAUUGAUAGAUCACGAGCUUAUGCUAAAAAAAUUGAAAUUGGAAGUGUCAGAGUUCCACAAUUAGUACCAUGUUUAUUAAAAGAUAUUCCAGCACCAGAAAGAGUACUUGCUGCUGAUCCGAUUGCUCGUGAAGAUCAAGAAUUAAUUAAAAAUAUGUUAAAAAAUGCUGUUAUUGCAUUGCAAGAUGUCAAAGUCGAACACAAAGAAGAUUUAGUUGUGCCAUUUAUUGCGUGAUUGAUUUUAGAUUAUUCAAAUAAAUUUUUUAAUUUCAAUCAUUUACAAUAUAUGCAAUAAUAUUGCAUUUUGAAAAAACAAUUUUUUUUUAUGUCAAACAUGAGUAAGUUUAUUAAAAAAUUUUAUUUAAAUUUUUAUACUUAUAGUAAUCAGAAAUUAAUAAUUAUUUUAUUGUUAAAUAAAACAGUUAAAUAAUUGAUAUAUAUUUUUUAUCAAUAACUUAUUUUUUACUAUUCUAUUUUGUUUUUUUUUUUUCAUAAAUAUUUAUCUCGAUAUUAAAAAUAUCUAUAAUUUUAAUAUUUAAAAAAUUAUAUUAUUUUUAAAUAUCAUUUAUUAUUAUUUAGUCGUGAUUAAAUUUUGAUAUGUGGUAUUUUUAAAAUAAUAAUUUUUUAAUAUUAAUGUUUAUUUAAAUAUAUUAUUUUGAGAUAAAUUUAUUUGAAAGAAAAAUUUAAAAUACAAAAAAAAAAAAACAAAAAUGUGGAGUUUAAAAUUUCAUACAAACUUUUAAUGAUAAAUUUAUUUUAUUGUAAAAUAAAUGAUGAUGAAAAAUUUGUGAAAAAUAAAUGAAUUUAUAAAGUUUAUAAUAUUGUCAAAACACAAAAUGCGGAAAUUAAUAUAAAUAUAUAGUUGGUAAUAAUCAACUGGCUAAUUAAUAUAACAAUUGUAAAAAAAAAAUUAUUGUAAAAUAAUUAAAUAAAUUAUAUCAUUAUCUAU